AUGUUCACCAAACUGAUCUGCCUUGCCGCUCUGGCCAUCUCGUGUGUUUCGGCCAAGCCAGGACUCGUGGCGCCCGUAGCGUACGCCGCCGGCCCAGCCGUCGUGACCGCGCAAAGCUCUCAGGUUGUUGCCCGUAACUACAAUGGAAUCGCCCCGCUAGCCUAUGCUGCCCCCGCCGUGGCCUAUGCUGCUGCCCCAGCCGUCGCCAAGGUUGCGGCCCCGCUAGCCUACGCUGCCGCCCCUCAUGCUCAUGUGGCCGCUCCGGUCGCUUACGCUGCUCCUUACGCUGCUCCUUACGCCGCUCCUUACGCUGCUCCUUACGCUGCUCCUUACGCUACUCCUUACGCUGCUCCGUUCGCCACUCCGUACGCCCAUGCUCAUUAUGCUGCGCCGUAUGCGGCGCCAUUCGCGGCCGCCUAUGCUGCGCCGUAUCAGCAGUGGUAA